UUUGCCCUACAGAUUUCACUUCACUUCACUUGGCUCAAAACACAAACAGUUGGUGUGAGCAAGGAGAAGGAAAUGUCGAAAUUCGAUUAUCCCAGGCUCCCCCGCCACCAAAUCGUCGCGGUACUGUCCGCGUCCCAGAUCGCCGUCGUGUCGGAGUCCGAACUCCUCCGCCCCGACCCCGACCUCAUCUGCAAACUCUACUCUCACAUCCUCAUCUACAUGGACAUUCUCAAGGACGACGAAGAGCAGAUGGAAUUUGAGGCGCUGGAGCAUAUCGAAAAUCCCGAACACCACUUGCACUCGAUUCGGAUCAUGAAUGUGUACGUCAAGCUUCGACAGCUUUUGACGGCUAUUAGCUGUCCCAAAUCCUUCACCCCUAAAGACUUGAUUAAGCCAGAGGCUGACCGCACCGAGUUCUUCCUCAGCGCACUUCUCAAUUUUCACCUCCACAGGAAUGCAAAAAUGGAGCUAUUGAAGCCUAUUUUUGACGAUCUAGAACAUUUUGAGCAGCAGAAGCUAGCUGCUGAAGCUAGAAUUUUGCAGUUGAAUGCAGAGAUAGCAGAGAUUGAGGAGUUAAGAGAGAAGGACUUGCCGGGAGUGCAGGAAUUGAGUUUGAAGAUUAAGGAAUUGCAUCAUACAGUUGAUGAACUCAACAAGGAUCAAGCGACGUUGAGGACUACGAUCAAGCAAUUGAAGGAGAAGAGCAAAGAAACUGAUGAGAAGAUCUCUAGUGCAGAAUUUGCCCUUGUUCAAAGUGUUCAAGAAAAUGCUAGUUUGCGUUCUAAAAUCGUACAAUCACCAGACAAACUUCAGAGGGCUUUGGAGGAGAAAAAGUUGGCCCUAGCUGAGGCGAAAGAUGCUGAAAGAGCUGCAAUACAAUCUUUUCAGGAUAAGACUGCCAAGCUUGAGGCCUAUGCUAAGGCUUGCAAGAAAAUCUCUAAGCACUUAAGUCGGAUGCAGGCUGUACAAGAGCAGGUAAGUUCCGCAAAGUCAGUUGAGAAAGAAGUGAAGGUCCUCAAAAGUAAGCUUAGUGACGAAGAUGUUCAAGUCAAAUCACUGGAAGCAAAACUUGUAGAUAUGCAAUCAAAAGCGGACCAGCUAAAAGAAUACAAGAGGCAACUGGAGAAAGAGAAAGCUAUGCGCCAAGAAGAGGCAGAUAAGGAGGUAAAUAAUGUCGAAUUUGAAGUGGAAUCAAAGAGGCGUGCAUUAGAAUUGAGGGAGAAACAUGUGGAAUCUGUGGUUGCAGAGGCAGAAGCUAUAAAUUUGAAGAGAAAAAACAUUAGGGAGGAAGCAGAUGCUAAAAUUCAAAAAUUAAGCCAUAAAUAUGAAGAAAUUGUGUCAGAGUUCGAUAAGUAUUCAAAAUCGAUAAGCAACUUGCUAGCAUCAAAUGGAUAAGAACACGAAGCUGUUCGUGGAAGGAGCUUGUCUACUGCCUUCUACUAGUUUUUCUUAGUUGAUGUUAUUAGAGACCACUUGUAUGAAGCUCCAUAUAUGAUCUCGUCCUAUCACUGCGUGUCCAAUGGUCUAACAGAAUGUGUUGUACAAAUGUAUGGUUUCACACUGCGGCAAGCACUAUGUCGUUUGAGGUCGUCUAUGAUAGACAUCGACCGACAAUAUUUUUUUUGCGCGUGUAAUUCAUGUUCAAAUCAUAGCACUGCGUACUUGAGAGA